GUGGCGUUCCACAACUGGAGUGGUAUUAACAGCGCUUGCUGUGUGCGGGUAAUUCUGCGUCGUGCAUUUCCCCGAGCUGUGCGGCGGACACUUCGAGCACUUUUUCAUCAUGUCUACACCGUGGUCGACACCUUAACAGAAUACCAAAUGGCGUGACGUGCCAAGAGAACUUAACGUGUCAUGCGUGGUCAACGGUUCAUGUGUAAGAGGCCAAAUUUUUGUGUAGGAUUACCGUCCGAUUUCCGGGACUAACGACGAUGGCCAAAGCUACAAAGCGAGCAUGGAAACUUCAAGAGUUCGUCGCUCACGGCUCGACAGUGAAAUGCCUCGCUAUUGGCCACAAAUCUGGCCGCGUCAUGGUCACCGGUGGCGAGGACAACAAGGUCAACUUGUGGGCCAUUGGCAAGACCAACUGCAUCAUGAGCUUGACUGGACAUACGACGGCGGUGGAAUGCGUCAAGUUCUGUCCAGCAGAGGAGAUGGUGUGCGCGGGAUCCACAUCGGGAACAGUGAAGAUCUGGAACUUGGAAGCUGCCAAAAUGGUCCGGACACUCACAGGUCACAAGGGAAAUGUUCGGUGCAUGGAUUUUCACCCUCAUGCAGAAUUUGUCGCAUCAGGGUCAAUGGAUACUACUAUAAAACUUUGGGACACAAGAAAAAAGGGAUGUAUAUACACUUACAAGGGUCACAACAAAUGCGUGAAUAGCCUCAAGUUUAGUCCUGAUGGGCGAUGGAUUGCAUCAGGGAGUGAAGAUGGCAGUGUUAAGCUUUGGGACCUCCCUGCGGGCAAGAUGUUGUCAGAGUUUCGGGACCAUUGUGGGCCUGUAAAUGAUGUAGAUUUCCAUCCAAAUGAGUUUCUCCUGGCGAGUGGCAGCUCAGACAGCACAGUCAAGUUCUGGGACCUGGAGAAUUUUAAUCUUGUCUCAUCUACUGAGAAUGACUCUGGUGUUGUCAGGUGUGUCUUCUUCAAUCCUGACGGUGCCUGUCUAUUUAGUGGUGCAGAAGACUUCCUAAAGGUUUACUGCUGGGAGCCUGUAAAAACAUGCGACACUCUGGUCAUGGGAUGGAAUAGAGUGGCUGACAUUUCUGUCGCUCAAAACCAGCUUAUUUCUGGAGCAUUUUCUUUAACAAAUGUUGCUGUAUAUGUGAUAGACCUCAAUAGGGUUCAACCAUUUGGAGGGAUGCCAAAUAACUCUACUGUGCCUCAGUACAUUACCCCAAGCCCUUUCAAAUCGGGUUCUCACACCCGGAGAAGCUUCUCUAAAGAUAAGAAGGAUGCAGCUGACUUUCAAGUGAUGCAUAUGAAGCCUUUGGAGGAUGGUGAUGCUUUUCCUUUGGAGACUGAGCUAGAUAAUGCUUGCAUCAAAGAUGUUAAGGACUACAACAAAAUAUUCCACCCAUCACAGGAAUCGUCUCUGGAGUCUGUGGUCGAGAAUGGAAUGUCACGCACUCCACCCAAGGACAAUCCGUUCCCUGCGCCCCUUGAGGACUCGUACAAGCCAGCCUUGGAGCCACAGAGCAGCAAGGUGGUGCGGUUGAGUGGUGCCUCAAAUCCGUGUGUUCUCACGGAACGAGCUGGAGCCACAGUGAAAGAGACGCGGCAGCUGAGUGUCACCACCAGCUACUCGGCUAUGGGCACAACCUUCACGAUACGACCCAGGGGCUCAUUGGUUGGUUCAGGGGCCCUGCUAGCACCAGAGCCACCAACACCCAGUAUCAUGGCAGCCAUACCAGGCUACAGCUCCGUUGGAGUAGUGCCCAGCAACAUACCUGUACCAGCAAGUGUUCUCCCAAGCAAAGUAACCACUCGUGCUGCCAUGCCGACGGGCCCUAUCUCGGUCGUUGCAACCAGCUUAGGGAAGCCGAUUGAGAAGGCCACUGCCAUGGUGCGCACGUCGUCAUCACAAGUAGUGGAAAGCAGUUCGACAGUCUCUAUAGUGCGCCCUGUCAUGAGUGUGCUGCCUGACAGCAAGGAAGCCCUGGCGCCACCUCAGAAAGCGGUUGUUCACCCUGAACAGAAGCAGUCAGUGGAUUUUGUUCCUUCACAGAGGGACACUCCAGCAGGCCUGGAUCUUGACGAGUUUCUUCCGCCGCAUUUGCAAGCAAGUUUACACCAAGGCAGUGCUGGCAUACCCGAGAUGUCAGAGGCUGAAGCAUUACGUACGAUUGCUGAGCAGCACAAGACCCUGCUGGCAGUGUUGCACCACCGCCAGAGGAAUAUAAAAAUUGUUCUGGCCCAGUGGAGCAAGGAUCCAAAGGUGGCACUUGAGACAGCAAUAAACAUGAAUGACCAGUCCACGCUAGUAGACAUUCUCAAUAUUGUAGUUUUAAGGCCGCAAAUAUGGACACUAGACAUGUGCCAGACGAUACUGCCUGCUAUUUUCGAUCUACUACAAAGUAAAUACGAGUCGUACAUGUCAACCGGUUGUGCCUGUCUUCGCAUCCUGCUCAAGAACUUCGCCUCAAUCAUCAAGACGAACAUAACAGCACCGCCCGGUGUGGGAGUGGACAUCUCCAGGGAAGAAAGGUACAACAAGUGCAUGAGCUGCUACAACCAGCUGCUCUCCAUCCGGUCGUUUCUGCUCAAGCGCCAAACGAUGCAGGGCAAGCUGGGCCACCUUUUUCGCGAGAUGCACAUCCUCAUGCAGGGCCUCGAGUGAGCUCGCCGGCGGGUCCGUCAACACUCAAGCAUCCACCACCGACAGUGCCAUUGUGUGAAUACUUCUCCACUCGCAGACGGGCAACCGCUGAUGCCUUGAGACGCUGGAUAGUCUCCCUUCUCGUCUUCUUCGCCAACGAGAGAGAGCUCAUCGGAAAGCGCGCGCCUUCUUGCGCUUUGCGAUGCUGGCUUCGAUCCGUGCCCUUUCGGGCCUGCCGGGGGGGAAGCGAGUGCAAGAGCUGAUGAAGUGGCCUGUCGAUGGCGUAUGUCUGCCCCCGAGUCGAGGCUAUAGAUGCGCCUGGCCGACACCUUGCCGGCCACAAAUUCCCUUCGGCCGUGCGCAUCUCACGGCGGUGCCUUUUGUGACGACAGUUUAGACAGGAACGCCGCUCUGUGAUAGAAAAGCCAUGUUAUUGCGAGGUCUUUGUGUAUGCCAUUGUACAGUACUUUUAGCGUUUCUGUCGUGGGUUUUUCUUUUUUUGCCGUUAUUCGUUUUUUUUCUUUGAAUGUUUUUUGUAUGGGUGAUACACAGCGCAUCCUUCACUGUGUGUAGAUGAGCGUGUCGUUUAUCAUCUGUAUUUUUUUUUAAGUCGCUGAUACUAAAUAUUUAUGUUAUUGCCAUUUGUGUCUUGCGCUAGUACGCGCGUAAAAAGAGUUACUUUUGUAUCGCGUAACACCAGCUGAAGUCGAUUUGGAAAGGAUCCCGGAAUGAAACUGUGGUAUACACACAU